AUGUACUCACCUCGGGAGGAACACACUGGCUUGUGGUUGGCUCCAAGUCGGCAACAUAGACUUCGACUGGAUGCUAUUGUUGUUUUAUCCGAACGUCCUGGAUUUCCCGGCCAAUUGCUUAUCGGCUACAGCUCCGGUUUAAGUCUGAUUUAUGAUCUGCGUGCUGAUCGUGUGGUUGUGUUGUUGCCCUGGAAGCACGGACUGGAAGCCGCUGCAUGGUGUGGUGGCAACGGGUUACCACACCGGUCAUCUAACACAGCAACACCUAUUCAUUUGGGGACACGAUUAUUGACAGCUCAUUCUGAUGGUUCUCUCGGCGUGUGGAAUCUACGCGAUGCUGGAUUCUCCGGAGUCACUUCAUCUCCAGCUGCUGAACCGCCCAUGCUGAACAUGGAAGAGCCUCCCACCAGACCCUAUGGUCCUAUCGGUGGCCCGGCCCAGAUGCUGUUGCUAUUGUGCGAGGAGGAAUUGGUCGCUGUCGAUUUGAUGAGUCCCGGUUGGCCUUUCAUACGACCACCGUAUCUGACCUAAGCGGCUGGUGCACACUACGGUCCCGAAGGUCGUUUCGGUCGUGGUAGUGCGAUUGUGCACAAUCAGAACGCUGCCGGAUGGUCCACGCGUCCUUGGCCGAUUCGUGGUGGUAUCGCUCUGGUCAACGGUGCGCGUCUCUCCACUUCUCUCUUGGAUGAAAGUUCUCUGUUCACAGAUGAUCUCUUGCUUACCGGACACGAGGAUGGCUCGGUCGCAUUUUGGCGCCUCAGUGCUUGUGGAUGUCUACGUCGAGUCUACACGUUGCACACGGCCGUCCUGUUCGAGGGAGAUUUCGGGCUACCGGUCACUUUAUGGCAAUUCCUCGACUAUGCGCCUCCCAUCAAACCGGUUACAGCUGCUAUCAAAACUGACAUACCUGGGUUCCAAUGGAAGGGAUAUGCUCCGUUACGCAUUCGUGCCGGUUUGGAUCAAGGUGUCAGUGCACCCGGUCAGGUGGAGCAGACCACUAGUAUCGUAAGCAGCAGUCCUCAUUCCUUGUCCAAUCGACGUCCACCUGCUCAGUUUCAAGCAACCGGAGUCAUUUUGGUCCAACCACCGGCUCGGGUCACCGCUCUCGGUUUAGCCGAAACUCCCAGUUCGGUGACACCGUCGGACAAAUGCAGUCCUUAUGGACUCCUAGUCGCUUUGGGCACCCCACAUGGCUACUGCGCGGUUCACCUACCCCCGGUCAAACCGCCACCGUCACCGUGCACACCACUGACGAAAUGGGAAUGUGCUGCCACUCAAACGUUGUGGAUCGAAAGCACACUGCCGGACAAUUUGGACGCACUGCAAGAGGCCGCUGCUGGCGAAGGUUGGGCCAGACGACGGACACGGGAAUUGAAGAAAAGCUUGCGUGACUCAUUUCGACGAUUGAAACGGAUGCGAUCCACAAAAUUGUCAGUCAAUCCCCAUGCAACAGUGACCACUGAGGCCCCUGCCCCGACAGCUCCUAUCAAUCGAACUGGCGUGCGGCGGACAGUGACACAAACCAAUCGUGUUGUCGGUCGUCAAGUUCACACCGGUCCACUUGAGGAUGCCGAACGCCGUGCUCGGGGUGAUUCCGGGCAACUCGGUUCCGCCGGUCUUCCACCGGUCAGUAUCGAGCGCGAGAUCUGUGAUCGUCCGGCCGAUUCGGCCAGUGUGGCCAUUGUAACCUGUUUCACAUUCGGCCCACCCUUGUUCCGAUUCUCGUCCAGUGCGAACGCGCAUGCGAUCAACACUCCUCCGGGCACACCCGCAGCUAACUGCUCCAUCGGAUCCCUUUUUGUCGGGACCAAGGCGGGAAUGGUGAAGGCUUAUGCACUGUUUGCUGAUCAGGAGCUAACCUCACGACCAUCUACAUUCCGUUUGCAACUGGCCAAACAGUUGAUCUUGCAGCAUCGUGCUCCAAUCCUAACUGUCCGGCUGGUUGACAGCAAAUCGUUCCAACCCCUCCCAUCCAUGUGUAUCGAACGGAUCAGCACUCAUCCGGGUAAAACCAAAAAGACGUGUAAAUGGGAGGCUAACACCGACUCCGCUUGUGUCGAUUUAGAUCGGUCGAAUACGAGUGCCAUGUCCACGCCUUUGCACACCCCAGUUGGGGACAAUGCGGCAGAGUACUCAUUCGUGUUCAGCAAUGUUGGCGGUCAAGCUGUGGUACUGGGUAUGCCCGGCCUGACGCGACGAGAUACUUUGGGUCUGUUGGACGCGGCCGAUGUGGUUGCGGUGAAUUCGGUCACUUUUGCCGAACCCGGCUGUUCCAUGCCCUCGAACAGCACAUCUGUGCUGGCUCCCGCUUUGGGUCUGUACCAACUGGCCCCCGUUGUGACUCAUCGCGUGAAGAUCACAAUGUUUGAUUUGGUCCGAUUGGGCCAGCGCGCCAGCACUUUGGGCGCAUCCUAUCAACCAAUUCACCGGAUCCCCGAACCGGGCACUGUCCCGAAUUCACUCAAAUCGAACCCCACCCCGUUGGGCAAUUCACGCACCGCACUGAGCAACGGCUCGACCGCAGAUACCAGUGGAUAUUCCAGUCGUGGUAUAAUGCCUCCCCCAUCCUCAUCCUCGGUCAUGAGUGCCCCAAUUCACUCACAGCGAUCGAAUGCGGCUGUGUAUCAGAACACGACCACCGGUUCAGCCUCGUACACAGGCAGUCAACUAAACUCCUCAAUCCUGUCGAAUACGCUGAGCGAUUCUGUGCGGGAUUGCUUUACUCCACCGUCCGGAUCUUCGUUCGUCAGUGCACAACUCAGUGGUAAGUCUAUGUCUGUUCACUCUGCUCCGCACUCCCACGAGGAUACAGUGUGUUUCGUAAAGCCACAUCCGCACUAA